AUGACCUCUGCACCCAUUACGAAAACUACCCUAUCGGAUCUCCACAACGAUCCAUCUUCAAUCUCGGUGGACCCAUCUUUGGGAUUGAAGAAAAGACACCUGGAACAUGUAGCUUUGGUUUUGGAUCUAUUCCAAGGUCAUGGGACGAUGGCUAAGAUCGAGAAUGGGUUCACGGACGAUGCGUGUUACGAAGAUCCUGUGGCGUAUGCCAAGAACAGGACUGAAGUUGCCGGUCAAUUACUCCAUAUACCAACUGUGACAUCCUCCACCAAGACACACAAAGCCAACGUGAUCAAAUUCACCAGAGGGGUUUCGACGACUUCUGGAACAGACAGAAAGGCAGAAUCAGAUUUGAUCGAAGUUGAAUUUAAUCAUGAUUUGACUUUUGUCGUUGGACCAACAUACAACCUGGAUACCGUUUUGCAGAUUUAUUCAACCCCUGAUGGGAUUGUCAGAUUACAAGAUAGACCAGGUUCUAGUAUACCUGAUAAUGGAUUUGCUAUGGCUCUGCGAAAAUUGAACGGUAUAGUAGCGCCUAAAGCUGCUGGCGUACCCCAGACCAGCGAAGAAGAUCUCAAAUUGGCUAAACAACAUGAGAAGUAA